CAUCUUUUUUUUUUCCGUUUCGUUAACUUGGAGAAAAUUACUAUAGUUACAGAGACCGAAGGCAGGAGCAGACUUUUAAACGAUCAUAUGUUCUCAGCAUAUUAAGCGACUUCGGGCUUUAGGUGUGUAGUAACAUAUAAUAGACCGUUCGGAUUCCCAUGAUUUGCGUGCUCCGUGCCAGUUACUCCAAAGACUCGGAGUGACAGUUUUUCAACUGUCACUUUUUUCUGUUAGGAGGCGCUAACAUGUAAACAUUCGGUCAGCCUGCUAACGUUAGCUAAACAAAAAUAUUUUCUAUCUACCCAGCUAUCAUAGGUAUAUAAAGUUACUUGGUAAUCAAUUUGAUAAAUGACAUAGCUAUACUGUCGCUUAUUUUAGGAGUUUGUGCGUUCUAGUUUGAUCUUUUUUUCCUCUCAUAGCUAAGCGUAAUGUACCAGCUUGCUAAGCUAAAUUAACUAUCGCUAGGUAGCUAGCUAGAUAAUUACCUACAACAGCUCCUUCAUUAAAUAAUUUAGCUAGCUAGGUUAGCUUAGUUAUGCAGCUAAUAUAAUUUAACAAUUUGAAUUCAACACAAAGCCUUGAAUAGAAAUCCGGUCAGUUAACUAGCUAGCUAAGUCCAUGCUCUUGUCCAGGCUACCCUGCUAGGUAAUAGCUAGUUUGUCUAGCUAGUUAGCGAAUUAUCAUGUGCCAAGUCAAUUCCAAGUGUUUUGUCUAUCAGUGAGGUGCUGGCUAACGUUAACACUGGUUGUGGGUGGUUUGUUUUACAUGGUGUGUUUUGUGAUUUUAAAACCAACACAGUUAGCUAAGCGUUUCCGAGUCUAGAAUGGAGAACUACGAGGAAUUUAUUGAAAGAAAAAUGAGCCAAAUGACAAAUAAUGAUGAAAAGUCUGAUCAAGCAAAUAGCCAGUGGUCAUCAAAAAUACGCUUUUACGGCUUCCCUAUUCUCCCUCCGUUGCUAAACAAGGAUCAGAAAGAAGAAAUGCAAAUACUCCGAAAAGCAGCUGCUAGAAUAUAUAGAAAGAAUAUGUCUUCGGUGUCUCGGAUGUCUUGCAUACAAGCGUUUCUUGACAGUGUUGAGCUACGAAAGGCUCCAACAUUUGAGGAGUUUAGAAAUGAGACAAGAGCAACAUCAUUUACAUCUCCAUCCAACACUGAAUGCCAUAGUUUUUUAUACAUCCCUGGAAGUAAAGAUGAUUGUAAUGAAAUCAAAGCAAACCACUGGAAUUCAAACUUGUCCCCUGUUCUCCCAUCUGUUCAGAAAAUAAGCAGUGAGAAGUUACAAAUCCCUCCCAACCAUCCUUUGGCAUAUACAGCUUGUGGUGGUCAUACAACCUUAAACGUUAGACCUUUACAAGCAGAGGAUUCAUUUCAGAGCAGCCACAAAACUGUUCUAUUUGAAGAAGUUCCUUUUUUCAGACGCAGGCCAGAGAAAGCUGUUGAGGUCAGUGUAGAUUAUGAACCUGACUCUCAGAUAUAUUCUGGCAAACACCCUCUUUCAGAUGUAAGCCACCAAGCACUUUCAUCUGGUUAUGUAACCAAUGAAACUUCACACUUUGGCUCCAGUUUUGUUGAGGGAACUGCUAUUACCACAGUGGGCACUGAGGGCAGACAUUCAGAUUUUGGUGGCUUUUUCUUAAAUUCCUCAAACAUGACAAACAAGGUCAGUGACAUCAUCAGUCAUGCUCCAGUAGAUGCAGAGGUCCUGGAGGAAGAGUGUACAGCGUCGAGCCAGCCUCCAUCUCCUCAUGUAGCAGAGCAGCCGGCACACCCGCCUGUGGAGGUGGACCCAGCUGACGGGCCUUACCGCAUGAGUUUGCAAAACCUUCUGAAGAAAUCUCAAGAGCACCGGCGACGUCAGCGUCUGCUGCGCAGUCAGGCAAAGGCUCUGAAAGCCUGUGAAAUUGGGUACGCUGACAAACACAGCCUGUCCGACAAGGAGAAUGAGGAAGUCAUCCCAGCGGGGAUUGGGAAACCUGAGCUUAAAAGGAACAGGGAAAAGAGGAAGGAUCAGGAGAAUCAGGCACUCCAACUGAAGAUUUUAAGCCAGGAUGGACAGACAUGCGCACAAGUUGGAGGGAAAGAAAUCGUAGGGCUCGGUGAGCUGGUCAGCGAUGUUGAAAUCACAGGUGCUACUAAAUUUGAGGGUGCACUUGACCAUUGCCUUAAUAUUACGUCAUCAUCAAACGCUACAAGUAGUAUGACUGGAAAAGCAUUGCCACCUGGCUCAAACCAUCCACAUAUAGCUGACAGUCCACCUCAGUCUAGUUUAUCUGUGGCUUCCACCUCUGCGAAAUGUCUCUACCAAUCUAAGGGCAAGAAAGCAGGUAGUAUGUUGCCCAGGCCUUGCCUAACAUUGGGGAAAAAAUUCAAGAAUGUCCCUACCCCCAAGUUUUGCUUAAGCCCAGUGCACAGUAAAAAAGGCAGUGGCGUGUCCAGCCCAGCCAGAAAGCCCCUGGUCAAGAGGCCUGUGUGUGUGGAUGAGGCAGCAUCAGGGCCAUGCGGGUUAGGCAGAGAUAGAACUGGGUGUGUGGCAGCCGGAGCCAAGGAGACCAUACCUCUGAGCAGCAGUGUACAUCAAGCUGAACAGAUUUCUCAGCUAGAGGUUAACCUGUUGAGCCUUAAACUACUGAUCUCAGAUUUGGAGUCAACACUUAAAGAGUCACAGGUGGAUGAUCCCCAAGAGACAGCCAUGGUGUACGACUCCUCCCGGGGAACAGUACUGACAGAAAACGCAGGAGUCAGUCCACCUGCUGGCAGUAAGCCUAUGUGUAUGGUUACAUUUAGUAUGACUGCACAGAAGGAAGUCACUGGCGAGGAUUGUGGGAUGCGGCAAGAGAGUAAAGAGCACGAUGAGCCCCACUGCGUCACCUCCCUGUUGCAGAAAAUGAGGGUGCCAGAGGUGUUUCACACCAUCGAUGACUCAAAGCAGCACUCUCAGAGACUGCCUACCCAAAAUGACUCCAGCAACCAACCAGGAGAAAGGAAGGAGGGCUCUGAAACAGCUGAAGACUCCUUCAGUGGCACCUCCCUUAAUCGAUCAUAUGAUGUGGACUCUCCCUCAGGCCUCUGGUUGCAGGCAGGGCCCAUGGGGAAGCAGCUGACUCCAGAGCUAGGAGGGCAGGAGGGUGUGUCCCGGGCCAAACGCAGAUUGCUGAUGAACACAGAAGAGGGUGACGCAUCAGGACAGCAUAUGGAUGAUGGGCGACCUCAGUACAGCACACAUAAAACUUGGCAACUGAGGAAGGAGCUCAGGCCACAGAUCCCAAACCUGCAGAAGGAGAGCAGACAGCGGCAGGAGCUGAGGAAGGCACCUGGGCCACAGGUCCCACAUCUGCAUAGGGAGAACAGACAGCGGCAAGAGCUGAGGAAGACACCUGGGCCACAGGUCCCAGACCUGCAGGAGGAGCAGAGACAGCAGCAGGAGCUGAGGAAGACACCCGGGCCACAGGUCCCAGACCUGCAGGAGGAGCAGAGACAGCAGCAGGAGCUGCUACAGUCACUGGCAGCGAGAUACCAGUUCCUCCGUAGUGUGUCCUUCCUGUGUUCUGCCAUGGGCUCACGCCUGGAGGACACGGUGACCUCCUCCCCCCCCACCUCUGUUUCUGAGUGUCUCGCCUCCUCCCCUUACCCUGGCAAGUUGGUGCUGCCGGAAACGAGUGCUCUCACAGGCUCCUGUGAUGUCUCGCAGUCUCGUGGCUGUCUUCCUGUGUGUUAUCGCCCCCUGGUGGCAGCAGCAGUGAAAGGCUACCUGAUCCGCAGGCUCUUCCGUACAGAAAGAGUGGCUCAACUCAUAAGAACCAUCAAGGACACCCAGGUUUUCCUCCAGGGCUUCCAGUCUCAGACUCCAGGAAGAGAGUACAGCAGCCGUCAGGACCAGCUCCUGCAGGAGAGAGUCACGUUACAGUUACGCUCAACACGCUAUGAGCUGCAUGACCUCUUCUUCAGCCUCAGUCCUGCAGAGCGGAUGCAGGUGAUCAGUUGGGAUCGCCAGCUGACCAGGGAGCGAGAGCUCAGGCACAAGGAGAAUAAGAAGGCCUUGGCCAUAUGCAGAGGCUCCCUCUCGACUGCCACCAGGAAGGCCCUGGAGAGGAAGAGGACAGGGAUGUUACGGAAGAAAGCAGCAGAAAGGACAAAGAUGACUGGUACACAGGAAAGCCAGACCUUUGUGCCGAACCCCUGCAGGGCUCCAAAGAAGACCACUCCAUGCAGGCGCCCAAGGUGAAGAGCGUCUACGUCGUCUGGCUCUCCCUUACACAACCAACUUCCAUGUUCACACCAACACCUGUGCCUUGAUGGUGUAUUGCCACUUUGUGUUUUAAUGUUUUUUGCUUUGUUUUUACUUUGUUUGUAAACAUUUUUACAUAUUUAUUUUGGUAAGCCUAUUCUGAGAAGCAGAAGAGAAAUUUAGUAAGAAAGUUUCUUAAACAGUCUUGUAUUUUUUACUUUUAUUUUCUAUUUUUCACAUCUAAUAAAAUAGAAAAUCAGUGCCCUGUGCACCACCUUGAUUGUUUUCCCCUCAUUUGUUCUUUCAGUAUAUUCAAUUAUUUAAAUUAAAUAACAGGCACACCACCAGUCUUUUUAAAACAUAUGUAUAUUUUUUUCAAUUUUAUUAUGCGUACAUAGUCUUUUCAUUUAAAUAAUUAAUCUAAAUACAAUCUGUGGUGCUCAACAGAUGGAAUAAUUUACAAACAGCUUGUGAAAAUUAUUCUGACACUUAGCUGACCCAGUGAUUCACAUGCUGUAGUCCCCAAAGUCGGCCUGUGGAAGCCACCAAAAGCCACCCAACGACCCCAUUACCACAGCAGCUGGAGCAGCCUCCUUACAAUCAUACACAUCAGGAAGGGGGAAAGGGGGAACUUAUCCAAACACAGACCUCUUGCUCUAAAGUUUGUACACACAUGACCCCUGAAUAAAUUCAUCUGAGACAGAGGAAAGAUUUAUUCACAGAAUAAAUACCGCGCUAGACAUGAAACUCAGAGGAUCUGCAACACGCACACAAGCAACAACGCAAUUAAUUUGCACCUUGUUCUUUUAUGAGUCUUCUGCCCCAGACAAGCCCUCUUCUGCCAAGAGAACCAAACAUUUCAGACAAAGCAAACAAGGGGGGGGAAGGGGCAGCCUUUCUACAUAUGACGCAUGGAAAUCCCACAUGCUUGGGUGUUAUGAAUUAUCUGCCCUAAACCAUUUUACACAUUAUCUCACAAAGUAGGAAAUGGGGUGUGUCCAGCUAUUUGGGACACAGCCUCUAGGCUUCAGCCUUCACAGGCCCCAGUCUCCACUGCACAGAAACCCAAAGCCAAUCACCUUGACACUGAGGUUUAGACAAGUUGUAAUUACUAACUUGGCAUCCAAAAAAAAAAAAAAAAUUAUAUAUUAUAUAUAUUAUAUAUAUAUAUAUAUAUAUAUAAUUCUUUUUAACCCCAAAAUCCUCACUUGAUAAUUUUCUCUUAAUUUUCUAAAUCAUGUAAGCACUGUAAAAUGUACUUCACUCAAAAACACAGAACCAACACAAACCUCUCACAGACAGCACAGUACAAAAAUGGACACCUGUGAACUGGCAUUAUGUGGUAACCCCUCUCAGGAGUAACAAAUGUCACACAAAUGCAUGAUUGACAUGUCACAGAGGUGAUGGUUCUUUUGGUAGUGUGAUGGAAGCAACUGGUCAUUCUCUGCAGAGAAUUCUGGAGUUGGUGGAGACGCUCCUGAAAGGGUUAAACGGUAUAUUGGUUAUGCCAGAUAAUUGUCCACAACAGUGCCAUUAGACGUAUUGAGGUCAUGGAGCUUGAUUUGAGUUAGUUAUUGCAAUUUUUGCAAUAGCUAUUCAUUUUUGCAAUGAAAUGGGUUGCUAUAGCAACAGAAUAGCUAAAAACAAAUUGGA